AUGGCGUAUGUGGAUCACGCGUUCUCCAUAUCAGAUGAGGAUAUAAUGAUGGAAUCAGCCUACACAGUCAACAACAAGCCGCCCAUCAAGGAGAUCGCCCUCGCCGUUUCUCUCCUGGUUUUUGGCGCACUCGGAAUCGUUCUGGGUGCCAUUAUGGCUGUCAAUAAAGUCGGCGGCGACCGCGCCCACGGGAUAUUUUUCGCUGUACUGGGAGGAAUUCUGUUCAUUCCAGGAUUUUAUUAUACACGGAUUGCAUACUACGCGUACAAGGGUUACAAAGGUUUCUCUUUUGCCAACAUACCUGCGUCGGGUGAAACUGAAUCUCCAUGGAGUUGUGUUUAG